AUGGCUCCCCCGGUCCGGCCAUCCCGUUCCCUCGAAGGGCUCGAACGAGUGAUUCCUCCUCUUUCUCCUCUGUCGCCUAAGACGCCCUUCUCACCCCGACUCUUCCUCAAUAAACCACUCCCCGCGAAGCCACUCCCCGAAGAACCAGAGUAUUCCGCCAUGUGGAGCGACUCCAGCGAUAGUGAAUCCACCGUCGACAGUAUCGCCAGUCCUUCCGAACCUCGCGACUCGGUCGAAUACCCAAUCUUCGUCUCCGGCGCUGAUGACUUCGACUUGGUGGAUCACCCGGCUCCAGCCGCCGAUCCACUCCCCGUGACCCCACUCCGCACGGACAAUUUCGAGAUAGAUGAGAUAGAUGAGAUAGACGAACUCGACGAGGUAGAUGAGCUUGACGAUGUCGCAUCGAUUGCAGAGGAAGCGCCAUUACCAGUCUCAGUUUCGUCAUCUUGGUCAGACACACAGUACGGUCGACCAGUCCACUGGGCCCAGAAUCGACCCGGUACCAGCCACUAUUUCCGCGAGAAGAAGUGGGACUAUUUCCCCGAACUGGCUCCAUCCACCCUACAAGCCAGCGGACGCAUCAGUCCAUCUGCCAAUUCAAAGCGCAGGAAGAAUCUCUCCGCCUUGGACUUCGCAAAAGCCAAAUACCGCUGGCACUCGCUCGAUCGCACAGGUUUAGGCGGAGUCCGCGAGUCAAUCAAGACCUACGUCCACCGCACUCUCUCCCGCGAUGGCACAGAGAGUAAAGCCAAAGAAGUGACACGUCCAUCGACAGCACCAAUGGACCGCCACAUCGAUGACGCAGGUAGUACCAGCAUCCUGGGGACGAGUCUAGGCAGCAAAGGCUACAUACCACAGCACUCUUCCUUAGACGUGGAUGCCCCAUUCCGAGCGAUAUCCGUCUCGACAGCAUCGACAUCGGCGUCGGCAUACAGCACCAGCGCCGGAACAAACGCUAGAGUGACUAGUCUCAGUGCCAGUGACUACGACAAUCCCAACCAUCACAUGUACUACCCGCUCCACUCCCCCUCUCACCAGUCUCCCCAACCACCCCGAUAA